AUGAAGUGCUGGAAAGAAGACAUGACGGUUUCAGAUUACCAGAACUUACGACAUCUGGUGUUUCUUUCGUCUUUCUCUUUGUUCUUUCUUUCCUUCUUUCUUUCUUUUCAUUUUCCUUCUUUCUGUAUUUCUUUGUGUCCAUUUCAUUCCACGGUGUCUCUUUCGUUUUUCUCUUUGUUCUUUCUUUCUUUCUUUCUUUCUUUUCAUUUUCCUUCUUUCUGUAUUUCUUUGUGUCCAUUUCAUUCUGCUUUCUCUUUUCGUUUUCUCUCUUUCUUUUUUCUUUUCAUUUUCCUUCUUUUUAUUUCUUUCAUUUUCAUUUCAUGUUUCUUUUGUUUUCUUUCUUUCUUUUUUCAUUUUCUUUUCUUUUCUGUUUUUCUUUUGUAUUUCUUUUUCAUUUCUACGGCGUCUCUUUCGUUUUUCUCUUUCUUCUUUCUUUCUUUUCAUUUUCCUUCUUUCUGUAUUUUUUUGUGUCGAUUUCAUUCGAAGAUGUUUCUUUCAUUUUUCUCUUUGUUCUUUCUUUCUUUCAUUCUUUCUUUUCAUUUUCCUUCUUUCUGUAUUUCUUUGUGUCCAUUUCAUUCCACGGGGUCUCUUUCGUUUUUCUCUUUGUUCUUUCUUUCAUUCCUUCUUUCUUUCUUUUCAUUUUCCUUCUUUCUGUAUUUCUUUGUGUCCAUUUCAUUCCACGGCGUCUCUUUCGUUUUUCUCUUUCUUCUUUCUUUCUUUUCAUUUUCCUUCUUUCUGUAUUUCUUUGUGUCCAUUUCAUUCCAAGGUGUUUCUUUCGUUUUUCUCUUUCUUCUUUCUUUCUUUCAUUCUUUCUUUUCAUUUUCCUUCUUUCUGUAUUUCUUUUCAUUUUUCAUUUCCACGGGGUCUCUUUUUUUUUCUCUCUUUCAUUCUUUCUUUCUUUCUUUUCAUUUUCCUUCUUUCUGUAUUUCUUUGUGUCGAUUUCAUUCGAAGAUGUUUCUUUCAUUUUUCUCUUUGUUCUUUCUUUCUUUCAUUCUUUCUUUUCAUUUUCCUUCUUUCUGUAUUUCUUUGUGUCCAUUUCAUUCCACGGGGUCUCUUUCGUUUUUUUCUUUGUUCUUUCUUUCAUUCCUUCUUUCUUUCUUUUCAUUUUCCUUCUUUCUGUAUUUCUUUGUGUCCAUUUCAUUCCACGGCGUCUCUUUCGUUUUUCUCUUUCUUCUUUCUUUCUUUUCAUUUUCCUUCUUUCUGUAUUUCUUUGUGUCGAUUUCAUUCGAAGAUGUUUCUUUCAUUUUUCUCUUUGUUCUUUCUUUCAUUCCUUCUUUCUUUCUUUUCAUUUUCCUUCUUUCUGUAUUUCUUUGUGUCCAUUUCAUUUCUUUUCAUUUUCGUUUCUCUUUGUUUUUUUUUUUUUCUUCUUUCUUUCUUUUCAUUUUCCUUCUUUCUGUAUUUCUUUGUGUCCAUUUCAUUUCUGUUUUUUUUCAUUUUUUCUCUUUGUUCUUUCUUUCUUUCAUUUUUCUUUUCUUUUCAUUUUCCUUCUUUCUGUAUUUCUUUGUGUCCAUUUCAUUCCACGGGGUCUCUUUCGUUUUCUCUUUGUUCUUUCUUUCAUUCCUUCUUUCUUUCUUUUCAUUUUCCUUCUUUCUGUAUUUCUUUGUGUCGAUUUCAUUCGAAGAUGUUUCUUUCAUUUUUCUCUUUGUUCUUUCUUUUUCUUUUUUCAUUUUUUCUUUUUCAUUUUCCUUUUUUCUGUAUUUCGUUUUUUUGUCCCUUUUUCAUUUCCUUCUCUCAUCUUUUUUCUCUUUCAUUUUUUCUCUUUUUCUUUCUUUCUUUCUUUUCAUUUUCCUUCUUUCUGUAUUUCUUUGUGUCCAUUUCAUUCCACGGCGUCUCUUUCGUUUUUCUCUUUCUUCUUUCUUUCUUUUCAUUUUCCUUCUUUCUGUAUUUCUUUGUGUCCAUUUCAUUCCACGGCGUCUCUUUCGUUUUUCUCUUUCUUCUUUCUUUCUUUUCAUUUUCCUUCUUUCUGUAUUUUUUUUGUCAUUUUUCAAGUUCUUUCAUUUUUUCUCUUUUCUUCUUUCUUUUUUUUUUUUUUUUCUUUCUUUUCAUUUUUCCUUCUUUCUGUAUUUCUUUUGUCCAUUUCAUUCCAAGUUAAGGGGUCUCUUUCGUUUUUCUCUUUUUUUUUCUUUCUUUCUUCUUUCUUUUUCUUUAUUUUUUCCUUCUUUCUGUAUUUCUUUUUUCAUUUUUCCAUUUCGUUCUUUAUUUUUCUCUUUGUUCUUUCUUUCAUUCCUUCUUUCUUUCUUUUCAUUUUCCUUCUUUCUGUAUUUCUUUCUUUUUCAUUUUUCAUUCACAAUGUUUCUUUCAUUUUUCUCUUUUCUUCUCUUUCAUUUUUCUUUCUUUCUUUUCAUUUUCUUUUUUUCUGUAUUUCUUUCUUUCCAUUUUUCUUUUGUUUCAAUUUCAUUAAUUUUUUGUUUUCUUUCUUUUUUUUUCAUUUUUUCUUUUUUUUUUUUCCUUCUUUCUGUAUUUUUUUGUUCAUUUCAUUUUGAAGAUGUUUUCUUUUUUUUUCUCUCCCAUUUCUUUCUUUCAUUUUCCUUCUUUCUUUCUUUUCAUUUUUCCUUCUUUCUGUAUUUCUUUUUCAUUUUUUCCGAAGAUGUUUCUUUCAUUUUUUCUUUUUUCUUUCUUUUCUUUUCUUUCUUUCUUUUCAUUUUUCCUUCUUUCUCUCUAUCUCUUUUUUUUUUUCUUUUAUUUUCUUUCAUUUCCUUUUUCUUUCUUUUCAUUUUCCUUCUUUCUUUCUUUUCUUUUUUUUCCAUUUUGGACAAUUCUUUUUCUUUCUUUUCAUUUUCCUUCUUUCUGUAUUUCUUUUUCUUUUUUUUGUCUUUCUUUUUUUCUCUUUCUUCUUUCUUUCUUUUCAUUUUCCUUCUUUCUGUAUUUCUUUUUGUCCAUUUCAUUCCACGGCGUCUCUUUCGUUUUUCUCUUUCUUCUUUUCUUUCUUUUCAUUUUUCCUUCUUUCUGUAUUUCUUUUUUCCAUUUCAUUUGUGGCGUCUCUUUAUUUUCUCUUUCUUCUUUCUUUCUUUUCAUUUUCCUUCUUUCUGUAUUUUUUUGUGUCCAUUUCAUUCCACGGCGUCUCUUUCGUUUUUCUUUUUCUUCUUUCUUUCUUUUCAUUUUCCUUCUUUCUGUAUUUCUUUGUGUCCAUUUCAUUUAUCUGCUUUCUCUUUCAUUUUUCUCUUUCUUUCUUUCUUUCUUUUUUUUUCCUUUCUUUUCUGUAUUUCUUUGUGGUCCAUUUCAUUAUUUUGUGCUCUAUCUUUUUUUUUUCUUUCUUUCCUUCUUUCUUUCUUUCUUUUCAUUUUCCUUCUUUCUUUCUUUAUUUUUUCUCUAUCUUCUUUCUUUUCUUUUCAUUUUCCUUCUGGACAAUUUUUAUUUUCUUCUCUUCUGCUUUCUUUUCAUUUUCCUUCUGGACUGUAUUUUUUUUGUACUCCAUUUCAUUUCAUUUUCUCUUUCGUUUUUAAUUAUUUUGUUCUCUUUCUUUCUUUUCAUUUUUCCUUCUUUUUUAAUUUUCCUUCAUUCUAUCUGCUUUCUUUUCAUUUUCCCUUGUUUCUUAAUUAUUUUUUUCAUUAUCUUCUUUUUUUCAUUUUUCCUUGUGGACAAUUUAAUUUUUUGUGCUCUAUCUUUUUCUUUUGUUUUUUUCCUUUGGACAAGUUUUUAUUUUGUGCUUCUAUCUUCUUUUUUUUCAUUUUUUCCUUGUGGCAAGUUUUAUUUUUUCUCUAUCUUCUUUUUUUUCAUUUUUUCUUUUGUGGACAAGUUAAUUCCAUUUCAUUCCCACUCUCUUUAUUUUUUUUUCUUUCUUUCUUCUUUCUUUCUUUUCAUUUUCCCUUCUUUCUGUUAUUUCUUUUUGUCCAUUUCAUUCUAUCUGCUUUCUUUUCAUUUUUUCUUUUGGACUUCUUUCUUUCUUUUUUUUCCUUAUCUUCUUUCUUUUUCUUUUUUCCAUUUCAUUUGGACAAGUUAAUUAUUUUGUGCUCUUUCUUCUUUCUUUUCAUUUUUUCUUUGUGGACAUUUUCCUUCUUUUGUAUUUCUAUCUGCUUUCUUUUCAUUUUUCCUUGUGGACUCUUUAAUUUUUUUGUGCUCUAUCUGCUUUCUUUUUCAUUUUUCUUUCUGGACAUUUUUAAUUAUUUUGUAUUCUAUCUGCUUUCUUUUCAUUUCCCUUGUGGACUCUUUAAUUAUUUUUCUCUAUCUGCUUUCUUUUCAUUUUUUUUUUUGGACAAGUUUUUAUUUUUUUCCUCUUUCUGCUUUUCUUUUCAUUUUCCCUUUCAUGGACAAGUUAAUUAUUUUUUGCUCUAUCUUCUUUCUUUUCAUUUUUCUUUUGUGGACAUUUUAAUUCUUUUGUGCUCUAUCUGCUUUCUUUUCAUUUCCCUUGUGGACUUUCUUUAA